UUCCUAACUUUUGGUUGCAUUGACGUAUGCACGUGCCAGUUGCACUUGCAUAGUAACAAUAUAUCAGAAGUUAUUUUAAGAAAACAAAAUGACAGCUAUUGCACCACCAAAGCCACCCGGUGUACCAUCUGUACAAGAAUUCAGUAUAAGAGUACCCAAGAAUAGUAAAAAGAAGCAUAAUGUUAUGCGUUUCAAUGCAACAUUAAACGUUGAUUUUUCCAAAUGGAAACAAGUGAAAAUGGAACGUGAAAAUAAUAUGAAAGAAUAUAAAGGGGUGGAAGAGGAGAUGCCAAAGUUUGGUGCAGGAUCAGAAUUUGGACGAGAUGCAAGAGAGGAGGCCAGGAGAAAAAAGUUUGGUAUUACGAGUAGAAAAUAUAAGCCGGAAGAUCAACCGUGGAUUCUUAAGUCUGGUGGAAAGACGGGGAAAAAAUUUAAAGGCAUACGAGAAGGUGGUAUAAGUGAAAAUGCAGCGUACUAUGUAUUUACGCAUGCUGCCGAUGGUGCCAUUGAAGCAUUUCCAUUGCACGAAUGGUAUAACUUUCAACCUAUUCAAAGGUAUAAGGCACUUAGUGCCGAAGAAGCGGAACAGGAAUUUAGUCGUAGGAACAAAGUAAUGAAUUAUUUUUCAUUGAUGUUACGAAAAAGAUUGCGAAAUGACGAAGAAGGUGGAGACGAAGAGGAAUUAAUAGAUGGUGGUAAAGGUAAAAAAUCUGGUAAGAAGGAUAAGGAAUUAAAGAUAUCAGAAAUGGAUGAAUGGAUAGACAGUGAUGAUGAUGAUUCAUUAAGUGAUGAACAAAGUAAAAAAGGUUCUGAGGAUGAAGACAAUACGAAGAAGAAGAAAAAAGGAAAGUUGGAGAUACAGAAAAAGAAAAAGAAGAAAAAUACAUCGGACGACGAAGCAUUUGAAGAAAGUGACGAUGGUGAUGAGGAAGGAAGAGAAUGCGAUUACAUUUCUGACUCGUCUGAUUCUGAAUCCGAAUUGGAACAACAGAAGGAAAUCAAAUCCGUAGCAGAAGAGGAUGCUUUAAGAAAAUUACUUGCAUCUGACGAAGACGAGGAAGACGAAGAACAAACGGAUAAAAAAGAAGGUGAUGAAGAUAAGGAUGAAAAUGAAGAAAAUAAGGAAAAGGAUGAUAAGGAUAAAGAUAAAGAUCCAGUUGGUAAGAAGGAUAAGAAGAAAAAGAAGAAACAGAAUAAAAAGAAGGAUACGAAAAAGUCUGCCCCUGGCAAGGAUUCCUCUAGUGACUUUUCAAGUGAUUCUGGUUCAGAAUCUGAUACAUUAAAAGAAAAAGAUAAUAAAAAAUCAAAUAGUGCACACAGCUCAAGAUCUGCAACACCAACACCAGCAGCAACCAAUGCAGUUGAUCCCUUUAAGAGAAAACAAUCUGGUUCUCCUGAUUUAUCACAGGCUAAAAAAUUGAAGUUGGAUAACUUUAAUUUAGUUCCAGUUACUUCUUAUAUACCAGGGGCUAGUGAAUCUGGAAUCACUGAAGAUGCAGUUAGACGAUAUUUAAUGCGUAAACCGAUGACUACGACGGAACUUUUGCAAAAAUUCAAAUCCAAAAAGACUGGUCUCACAUCUGAACAACUUGUUAAUAUUAUGACUCAAAUAUUGAAGAAGAUUAAUCCUACCAAACAAACUAUUAAAAAUAAAAUGUAUUUGUCGAUUAAAGCGCAAUCGAAUUAAUGACUAGAAAAAAUUAUAUUAUAUUUUUAAUAUAUGUAUAUAUUGAUAUUUAUAGCUAAUAAAAAGAAAAAGAAA